AAGUGUAGAAGCCCGUCAAUCGACGUGCAAAAUAGGCCCGUCGAUAAGCCCGUUACCCCAACAUUAGUGAAAUUAGCCUCUCCUGUUCUCUGUGCAGAGUGGAGAGAGAAAAGGAGAGGCUAACUUCUCAACUAAGCCACCGACCCAGCAGCGAUAUACUCGCCUGCUUUAUAUAGUUUUGAUAUUUUAAUAUUUUACUUAAUAAUUAAUUAAAUACAUUAAUUUAAGUAAAUUUUAAUGCAAUUUUAUGCAUAAUUUUUAUAAUUUCAUGUAAAAUUAUAUGUUAUUUAGGAUGGAGUGACUUACAUGCAAUACGGAUUAUGCAAAAAAAUAAGAUACAAAUUAAUCAAAAAUUCUUGGUCCCGUAUUUUCAUGUGUAGUCUCAAAUGAUAUGGUUUUUGUACAUUGCAUAAUUUACAUUACAUUAAAUUUACAAUUCUGUAUUAAGGAAUAAAUCAUGAAAUAAAAUUCAUGCAAUUUUUUUUUUGCACACUAAUAAGAUUUAACAUUUGUAUUUACUUAGCAUGGAGUCAUUUGCAUGCCUGAAUUCCCCUGAUAAAUUACGAGAAACGUUGCACAUUGCGUCAUUUUGUGUGGGAAUUUUUUUAUCGGGCUGAUAAAAAACCAACGUCAAGAUGAAAAAUCGUUCAGUUCAGUUUGUUAAUCAAUCGUUUUGUUUUCAAGUACGGAUUGUUUCCACCUUUUUAAUUAGGUUUUGUUAAUUCUACGCAUGGAAUAAAAUUCAUAUGGCGUCCUCCGCUACAAAUAAGCCUUAUCGCCCCCGCAACCCCCGAGGUCACCCCCACCGUACCGACCCCAGAGGAAGCAACGACCCCUCUUCCACCAUCGCUCUGAGUAAAGCCCUCUCCUGGCUUUUACGCCACAACGCCGUGCAAGAAGGGCUCCACAUCGAAUCUGGCGGUUGGGUCGAUCUUUCCGCAGUUUUGAAACUUCCCAGAUUCACAAAUUGGACCGUAGACGAUGUCAAAGCCGUUGUAGCAUCGAAUGAUAAGCAACGCUUCAGUUUGAGAGAAUUACAAGGCGACAGGUUGGAAAUUAGGGCGAAUCAGGGUCACACAUUAAAGGUCAAGGAAGUCGAUGACGCCGAGCUUCUCGAACCGAUAACCGAUCCUGCCGGAAUUACGGUGAUUCACGGCACUUAUCUGCGACAUUGGGACGCCAUAAAAUCCACCGGGUUGAGUCGGAUGAAGAGAAAUCAUGUCCAUUUUGCGCCCGGAGAGCUCGGAGAGGACGGCGUGACGAGUGGGAUGCGAAAUUCGGCGCAGAUUUAUAUCUACGUCGAUAUCGAGGCGGCCAUGCGUGACGGCGUCAAAUUCUACCGUUCCGCAAACAAUGUCAUCCUUUCGCCUGGAAAUCGGGAUGGAUUCGUGGAACCAAAAUAUUUUACAAAAGUUGUCGAUCUAAAGUCGAAAAAGGAUUUACUUCUGGAAUAAUGACAAUUUCUUUGUAAGCAUUUAUGCAUUCUGUAAUUAAAGCUGUAAUUAAUCAAGUGACAAGAAGUAACUAAAUAAUUUAAUGAUAAAAACGUGAUAAUAAAGCUAUUUUGAAGAAGAAA